CACGGGCCUCCUCGGCUUGUUUGCAGUUGCCGGGAUUCCAGCUCUGCGCUCUGCAGUUUCUGCUGGAGGCGCUGGAGGAGGGCGCGACCUGACAGGCGUGGAGGCCUGGGCUGUGGAAGGAAGUCAGCGCAUGGGAGAGGAGAAUUUCUCAGUUACCUGAAUAUUGGCUGUGUGUCUGAAGCUCCUGGAACUUUUCUCACUGCAUAUAAACAUUAUACACAAGUGCUUAGCCCCAGCCUGAGAAUUAUUGGAAUCUUCUGGUAAGACAAAUUUGAACUGCAGGGGGAGUUCUGUGGCGGAAGAUGCAUCCUUUGAGCAAGCUGAUGACUAUCUCAAAACCUCAUAACCUGGCUCAUGAACAAAGUGAGGUCCUGAGAGCAAAUACGUCUUGGCAUCAGGAAACCAUCCCAGUCAUGGAGACAGAUGACUGUGAGGCCUCUCGUCAGAAAUUCAGUCAUUUCCAGUAUUUGGAAGUGUCUGGGCCUCGUGAAGCCCUGAGCCAACUCUGGGAGCUCAGUCUUCAGUGGCUGAGACCAGAAAUUCAUACAAAGAAGCAGAUUCUAGAGUUAUUGGUGCUGGAGCAGUUCCUGACAAUUCUCCCUGAAGAAGUCAGGACUUGGGUGAAUUUACAACAUCCGAAGAAUAGCAAAGAAGUGGUGAGCCUCAUACAGGAUGUGAUUGAUAUGCUUGAAGAUGAAGGUAACACAAGGCACUUUCUGUUACAACUGAGAUCCUGACUGUGCUUCUUUCGAGACACUAAGA